AAGGAGAAAAGAGGCGGGGCUUGCAGGUGCACAGGUGUAUAAAGGCAGCCCAGGUGACCACAGACACCACAGCAGGACUGAGGGACUGAACACACAGAUACUCACUCAUACCACUCUAAAAGGGAAACCUGAGAACAGUCUGUGAAGAUGAUUAAAGGACUAGUGUCAGCAAUCUUGGUGCUGGUGGUCGUGGCCACCACCAUGGCGAAACCGGAGAAAAGCACUGAAAAGCACGCAGUCAAGAAGGAGAAACGUAUCCCUCAGACUCUGUCCAGAGGAUGGGGUGAUCAGCUGAUCUGGGCUCAGACCUACGAGGAGGCUCUCUUCUUGGCACGCUCACAGAACAAGCCCCUGAUAGUCAUCCUCCACUUGGACGAGUGCCCACACAGCCAGGCCCUGAAGAAAGCUUUUGCUGAAGACAAAGAGAUCCAGAAAAUCGCUGACGAUGACUUCAUCCUCCUGAACCUGGUGUAUGAAACCACAGAUAAGCAUCUGUCUCCUGAUGGCCAGUACGUUCCCAGGAUCAUCUUUGUCGAUCCUUCAAUGACUGUUCGUGCUGACAUCACUGGUCGCUACUCCAACCGCAUGUACGCCUACGAGCCUAACGACAUGAAACUCUUGCUGAACAACAUGCUCAGAGCAAAGAAGCUCCUGAAAACCGAGUUGUAAACUACAACCCUGUGAUGUUUUCCAUCCUGGAGCGGAUCGUCACUCAUCAUUAGAAUUCAUAAUUCUUCGGUUUUAAUUCUGUAAAAAAAAAAAACCAAACAAAAACAAAAAACGCACUGUAAAUGUUUGAACUCAUUGUUUUUGGGUGUAUGUUGUUUUGUGCCUGUCAGCCGCCGGCUUUUUCAUCCAAUGUACUGCAUUUGUUUUGAAUAAAUAAAGAAGGGAAAAUUGCAGGAAAA